AACUAAGCAUUAGUUAAAAAACACAACAAGAGCAAUAUGGUUGAUGUUAGGAUCAUUGUUGUGUUUGCAGCUUUUACGGUUGCUUUCACUACAGCCAAUCCAAUUAAUACAUUCAACUCAAAACUUAGUGCUAGCACAGAUGAUUUUAUCAAAGAUAGUCCCAAUGAAUCUAGUUCUGAUGUUACCAAUGAUUCUACCACAGAUUGCCCCAAUGAAUCUUCCAUAGAUGGUCCCAAUGAAUCUACCACAGAUAAUACCAAUGAAUCUACCACAGAUAAUACCAAUGAAUCUACCACAGAUGGUCCCAAUGAAUCUACCACAGAUAAUACCAAUGAAUCUUCCACAGAUGGUUCAAAUGAUUCUACCACAGAUGGUCCCAAUGAAUCUACCACAGAUGGUCCCAAUGAUUCUACCACAGAUGGUCCCAAUGAAUCUACCACAGAUAAUACCAAUGAAUCUACCACAGAUGGCCCCAAUGAAUCUACCACAAAUAGUCCCAAUGAAUCUACCACAAAUGGUCCCAAUGAACCUACCACAGAUGAAUCCACAGAAACUACCACAGACGAUAACACAGAAACUACGACAGACGAUAACACAGAAACUACCACAGACGAUAACACAGAAACUACCACAGAUGGUCACAUUGAGUCUACUACAGAUGGUCCCAAUGAAUCGACCACAGAUGAAUCCACAGAAACUACCACAGACGGUCCCAAUGAAUCUACAACAGAUGAAUCCACAGAUACUACCAUAGACGAUAACACAGAAUCUACCACAGAUGAUACCACUGAUUCUACUACAGCUGACCACACUGAUUCAACCACAGAUGGUACAACAGAUUAUUCCACAGAUACAACUGCAGAUGUUACCACAGAUACAACAGCAAAUAAUCCCACCACAACCACCAGAACUACCACUACCACCAGAACUACCACUACCACCAACCCCACUACUACCACUACCACCACCACCAGUACUACCACCACCCCCACUACUACCACUACCAUUAUUAUAACUACAACAACAUCAGAAUCCUCUUCUGUAUCCUAUUCAAUAGUUUUGAUAAUUUCUCUAAUGUAUUUUCUGUAAAAUUAAAAAAAUCUUUUAUAAUACAUUAUUUUCUAAACCCGAUUAA